AUGAUUUACCUUGUUUCUUACCACUCACAAAAAGCACAUGUUGAAAUUUCCUGUAAUUGGUCCAUUGUGCUGCUUAGGGAUCCCCUUCAUGCUUGCUGUUUUAUGGGCUAUUGUGUUUUUCCAUGCAGGAAAUACCAGGGACCAUGUGAUUCUACUGAGGAGUAUCUAUACUCCAACUUUACCUUUAAAAUUACAGGGGAGGACGGUACGCUGCUCUUUUGCUCGCUGACAUCAUCCAUCUCAUUGAGCAUGAGCUCUGGACAAACCCUGAACAGCUUCCACGCAGAAAGGAAAGAAUGGGCUCUGAACCACUUAACAGUUCACCAGAUCACAGGCGUAGUGUAUGUUGGUGGAGUCAACCGAAUUUACAAGCUUUCGCCCAACCUGAUACCACUGGUGUCCCACAAUACUGGUCCAGAAUUGGACAACCAGGCAUGCUAUCCACCACUCAUUGUGCAGCCCUGCUCUGAGCCAUUGGCUUCCACCAAUAAUGUCAACAAGCUGCUCCUGAUAGACUACUCCCAGAACCGCUUGCUGGCCUGCGGGAGUCUUUAUCAGGGUGUUUGCAAGCUGCUACGGUUAGAUGACCUUUUCAUUCUGGUUGAGCCCUCACACAAAAAGGAGCACUACUUCUCCAGUGUUAACCAGACAGGAGGUAUGUAUGGAGUCAUUGUAUCCUCCAGAGGUAGAGAUGGUACCCUGUUCAUUGGGACAGCAGUCGGUGGGAAACAGGACUACUUCCCUACCAUCUCCAGCCGAAAGUUACCUCGCGACCCUGAGUCGUCAGCUAUGCUGGAUUAUGAGCUGCACACUGAUUUUGUCUCAUCACUUAUAAAGAUCCCUUCUGACACUCUGGCUCUAGUGUCCCAUUUUGACAUUUACUAUAUCUAUGGCUUCGCCAGCGGCAACUUUGUUUACUUCUUGACUGUACAGCCUGAGACACCAGAGAAUGGUAUGGCAGGUAGCGGUUCACCUGGUGACCUCUUCUACACUUCCCGAAUUGUGCGCCUCUGCAAGGGGGACAACAAGUUCCAUUCGUAUGUGUCUCUUCCGGUGGGAUGUGUCCAUAAUGGUGUGGAGUACCGUUUGCUCCAGGCUGCCUACCUCUCUAAAGCCGGGCCAGUCCUUGCUGCCUCACUCAACAUCAGCUCCCAGGAAGAUGUGCUGUUUGCUGUGUUCUCUAAAGGCCAAAAGCAGUAUCACCGUCCCCCUGAUGACUCAGCCCUCUGCAUAUUCACCAUCCGGGACAUCAACAGUCGAAUAAAGGAGCGCCUGCAGUCCUGCUACCAGGGAGAGGGUAACCUGGAGCUGCACUGGCUGCUGGGGAAAGAUGUCCAGUGCACCAAAGCACCUGUUCCCAUUGAUGACCAUUUCUGUGGGCUAGACAUAAACCAGCCCUUGGGUGGAUCUGAGUUAGUGGCUGGUCGUACCAUCUACACUGAGACUACGGCUCGCUUGACCUCAGUAGCUUCCUACACUUACAAUGGCUAUUGUGUGACAUUCUUGGGAACCCGAACUGGGCAACUGAAAAAGAUCCGUGUGGAUGGUCCUCCUCGGGGUGGUGUCUUGUAUGAGACUUUGACUGUAAUGCAGGAUGGCAUGUCCAUUCUCCCAGACAUGGCUUUCUCACUGGACUCCAACUUCCUCUACGUCAUGUCCGAGAGACAAGUGACUCAGGUGCCCGUUGAGUGGUGUGAACAAUAUAAGAGCUGCAGGGAAUGUCUGAAUUCGGGGGACCCUCAUUGUGGUUGGUGUGUCCUGCAUAACAUCUGUACAAGGAAAGACCAAUGUGAGAGAGCAGACGAGCCCUUUCGAUUUGCUGAUGGCCCUGACCGCUGUGUUAAAGUGACGGCUUACCCCGACAGCAUUGCCAUGUCUGAGCAUGGCAUACCUCUUCUGCUGGAGGUGAAUAAUGUUCCUGACCUCUCAUCUGGUAUCACCUGCUCGUUUGGGAGAUUAGCAGAAGUGGAGGGCCACGUCAAUGGAAACAGGAUCAUGUGUCUGUCCCCGACAGCCAAGGAUGUUCCACCCAUUCCUGCUGACCAAGACUGGUCUGGUGUGGAGCUGAGGGUGAACUCUAAGGAAACGGGUCAGAUGGUAGCUAACACAGAGAUCAAGUUUUACAACUGCAGCAUGCAUCACAUGUGUUUGUCGUGUGUGAGCAGCACGUUUGGUUGCCAUUGGUGCAAAUACCGCAACACCUGUACCCAUGACCCCACCAGCUGCUCCUUCCAGGAAGGACAUGUCAAUGCCUCCGAGGACUGUCCUCAGCUGUUGCCCUCUGGUGAGAUCCUAAUCCCAGCAGGUGAGGUGAAACCCAUUACACUCAAGGCCCGGAAUCUUCCACAGCCGCAGUCAGGCCAACGCGGCUAUGAGUGUGUGCUACAUAUCCAGGGAGUGAGUCACAGAGUUACUGCACUGCGCUUCAACAGUUCCAGUGUUCAGUGCCAGAACAGCUCGUACCUAUAUGAAGGUGUGAAGAUCAGUGACCUGGCAGUGGAUCUGUCCAUUGUGUGGAACAGCAAUUUCAUCAUUGACAACCCUGAGAACAUUAAAGUGCAUUUGUAUAAGUGUGGUGCCCAAAGGGAGAGCUGUGGUAUGUGCCUGAAAGCACAAAGGAAAUUUGGGUGUGGCUGGUGUACUGGGGAGAGUCGUUGUACCUUGCGACACCACUGCCCAACGCUCAACCCGUAUGCCAACCGUUGGCUAGAUCAGUCCAGCAGGAACAUCAAGUGCACCAACCCACGCAUCACAGAGGUUAGUCCUCUGGCAGGGCCUCCAGAAGGUGGUACACAAGUAACCAUCCGUGGCAUGAACCUGGGCAUGUCACUCUCAGAGCUGCAGGGGAAAGUGGAAGUGGCAGGGGUUCCAUGUGCCCCCCUACAGGAAGGUUACAUCACAGCUGAGCAGGUAGUUUGUGAGAUGGAGUCAGCACGUAGAGGAAGUAGACCCGGACCUGUCCAGUUGUGUGUUGGGGAAUGUAGACCAGAACUACGUGCACGCUCUUCCGAGCUCUACACAUUUGUGAUCCCAAAGGUCCUAGGGCUCAUGCCCAACCGGGGGCCUGUUUCUGGGGGCACCAAAGUCACCAUCGUAGGGGACAAUUUGGAUGCUGGCAGCAGAGUGGAUGUACGCUUCGGUAAUGAAACAUGUGAAUUCUACAGGAGGAGCUCGACAGAGAUUGUGUGUUUCUCUGCCCCUUCUGUGUCUGGGGAGGGUCCAGUGCAGGUCAGUCUGAGUGUGGACAGGGCCCAGGUCAGAAGUAACUUGGCAUUUGAAUACAUAGAGGACCCUACUGUGCAACGAAUUGAACCAGAAUGGAGUAUAAUCAGCGGACAUACCACGUUAACUGUAACUGGGACCAACCUGGAUGUUGUACAGGAGCCUAGGGUCAGAGUCAAGUAUGCUGGCCAUGAAUCUGUGAAUGUCUGUAAGGUUGUGAACACCACCACCAUAAGCUGCUUUGCUCCCCCUCUGAAUACAGAGUAUGUGCCUGGUCAAGACUCGGUCAAACAUGCAGACGAAUUUGGAUUUGUUUUCAACAAUGUUCAGGCUUUGCUUACUUACAACAGUACCAGUUUUAUUUAUUAUCCAAACCCCUACUUUGAGCCUCUAAGUAUGUCUGGAGUAUUGGAACAGAAGCCUGGGUCCCCCAUCAUACUCAAGGGUAAAAAUCUAGUGCCCCCAACGUCUGGUGGAGCCAGGCUGAACUACACAGUUCUGAUUGGGGAGACACCAUGCUCCAUUACUGUCUCAGAAACUCAGCUGCUCUGUGAACCACCCAACCUGACUGGACAACACAAAGUCAUGGUACAAGUUGGUGGACUCCAUGUGUCUCCAGGAACUGUACACAUCCAGUCAGACAGCCUACUCACCUUGCCUGCCAUUGUUAGUAUUGCUGCUGGAGGAGGUCUGCUCCUCGUCAUUGUCAUCCUUGUCCUCAUCGCAUAUAGACGUAAAUCUCAUGAAAAUGACCUCACUCUCAAACGGCUUCAGAUGCAGAUGGACAAUCUGGAGUCCAGGGUGGCUCUGGAGUGCAAGGAAGCAUUUGCAGAGCUGCAGACUGAUAUAAAUGAGCUGACCAGCGACCUAGACCGAGCAGGCAUUCCAUACCUGGACUAUCGUACCUAUGCCAUGAGAGUGCUCUUCCCAGGCAUGGACGACCACCCAGUGCUCAGAGAAUUGGAGGUUCCGGGGAAUGGACAGCAGAAUGUAGAGAAAGCCCUCAAGCUCUUUGCUCAGCUGGUCAACAACAAGACAUUCCUGCUGACGUUCAUCCGUACGCUGGAGCUGCAGCGCUCUUUUUCCAUGCGUGACCGCGGUUACGUGGCCUCACUCAUCAUGACUGCGCUGCAGGGCCGACUGGAGUACGCUACUGAUGUGCUCAAACAGCUCCUCUCUGAUCUUAUUGACCGCAACCUGGAAAGCAAGAACCAUCCGAAGCUGCUCCUGCGCAGGACAGAGUCUGUGGCUGAGAAAAUGCUGACUAAUUGGUUUGCUUUUCUUCUUCACAAAUUUCUCAAGGAGUGUGCCGGGGAGCCUCUCUUCAUGUUGUAUUGUGCCAUCAAACAGCAAAUGGAGAAAGGCCCCAUUGAUGCCAUCACUGGGGAAGCACGCUACUCCCUCAGCGAAGAUAAACUCAUUCGCCAGCAGAUUGAAUACAAAACCCUGAUUCUGAGUUGUGUGAACCCUGACAAUGAGAACAGCCCUGAGACCCCUGUGAAGGUGUUGAACUGUGACACCAUUACUCAGGUGAAGGAGAAAAUCCUGGAUGCUGUCUACAAGAACACGCCCUAUUCCCAAAGACCUCGUGCUCUUGAUAUGGACUUGGAGUGGCGUCAAGGUCGCACGGCACGCGUGGUUCUACAGGAUGAAGACAUCACCACCAAGAUUGAAGGUGACUGGAAACGACUCAACACCCUCAUGCACUACCAAGUAGCAGAUCGCUGUGUGGUUGCCCUAGUGCCUAAGCAAAUGUCCUCCUUCAAUAUCCCUUUCUCAGCCAGCUUUCCUCGCAGUAUAAGCAGAUAUGAGUCAGCGUUCCGCCCUAACUCUACCUCUGCAGGCAGUCCUGAAAGCAUGCGUUCUCGUGCCCCCAUGAUCACGCCAGACCUUGAGAGUGGGGUCAAGGUGUGGCAUCUGGUCAAAAACCACGAGCAUGGUGACCAGAAAGAAGUGGAUCGUGGCAGCAAGAUGGUGUCUGAGAUUUAUUUAACCAGAUUAUUAGCCACUAAGGGAACGUUGCAAAAGUUUGUGGACGAUCUGUUUGAGACUUUGUUCAGCACAGUGCAUCGUGGCAGUGCCCUGCCAUUAGCAAUUAAGUACAUGUUUGAUUUUCUGGAUGAGCAAGCAGACAGACAUGGAAUCCAUGAUACGGAUGUACGCCACACUUGGAAGAGCAACUGCCUUCCCUUGCGCUUCUGGGUGAAUGUGAUCAAGAACCCUCAGUUUGUUUUUGACAUCCACAAGAGCAGUAUCACAGAUGCUUGUCUGUCUGUGGUGGCUCAGACCUUCAUGGACUCCUGUUCAACAUCUGAGCAUCGCUUAGGCAAGGACUCACCCUCUAACAAGCUUCUUUAUGCCAAGGAUAUCCCCCACUACAAGAGCUGGGUGGAAAGGUACUACGCUGAUAUAAACCGUCUGCCUGCCAUCAGUGAUCAGGAUAUGAAUGCAUAUCUAGCAGAGCAGGCUCGACUUCACUCCACUGAGUUUAACAUGCUUAGCGCCCUACAUGAGAUCUAUUCCUACGUCAGCAAGUAUAGCCAAGAGAUCAUGGAGGCCCUUGAGCAGGAUGAACUGGCCCAAAAACAGAAGUUAGCGUUCAAGGUAGAGCAGCUCAUAACUGCCAUGGCUCUGGAGAGCUGA